AUGAAGUUGUCAUGGUUCGCGCUCCUCAGCACGACAGUCAUCCUCAGAGCGAAUUUGGUCCUUUCACAAGAUGAUUCCUCCAAUCCGGGUGUCAAUCCGGACGCUCAAGUCGAUCCAACCACACCCUCAAGUUUAAGUACCCAGGCCGAAUCGAAUGCAAGGGGUGACCCGAAUGUUGCCGUUGUCCUAAGCACCAAUGCGCACAGCCGUCGAAGUUCUGGUGGCGAGCCAGUGCCCGAGGAAGGAAGUAAGAAUGACCUUGUAGCCCGACAGGAGAUUGUGUAUGCUGGCAUUCCACACAUUCCAGACAAUUGCAGCGACAUCCGAGUCUUCAGCUUCCGAGGUUCGAACGAGCCUUACCCCGGUCGCGGAGGAGCCAUGCUGGGCACUUUGUGUGCGCUGAUCGAACCAAAAGGAUUAUCCUGCGACUACGAGGAUGUUGACUACCCCGCGAACAUCUCAUGGUCUGGCCUUUACUGUUCAUCAGCACAUAUCGGCACCACUGCGGGUGUGAAUCAAAUGACAGACUACGUGCAAAAAUGUCCAGAUUCACGGCUGGUUAUGUUGGGCUAUUCGCAGGGCGCGAAUGUGGCUAGUGAUAUUUUGGGUGGAGGCGGUGGCGAGCUGUUUGGGUGCCAGCAGGCCCCGAACCCACCACUGUCCAGGGACAUCAAGCCCGGGUCAAAUAUUGUCGCCGUGGUGACCAUGGGCAAUCCUCGGAAUACUGCAGAUCAGCCGUACAAUCUUGGCCGUGGAUCGAAUUAUUCGGGCGAGUUGGGACGUUCGGGCCAGCAACUCGUCGAUCUCAAUAAGUACGAGGACGUCAUGGCCAACUGGUGCAAUUACGGCGACCCUGUCUGUGCCGUCGGUAGUGAGCCUACCAAUCUUACCGCACACUGGGACUACUACGACGAAUACUCCUAUGUCGCGUCAGAGUGGGUCGUGGCCACCGUCAUGGGCUACACGGACGAAAGACUCGACUUGACUCUUGAUGGCCAGAACCAGAGUGUGGUGCUGGUCAAUAAGACCAGUGAUUCUUCAAGUGGUAACAAUGGACCUGCAAAUGCACAUAAUAGCUCUGGAAAUGUAAGUACCGGUUCUGGAAAUGGAAGUAAUGGCAGCAGGGGAGGAGGAGGAGAUGAAGAUGGGGCAUUCAGCUUCAGGAGCAACGCUGCGGGCGGUCUGAGUGUGUUGAUGCUCGUCGCAUUGGUGACUGCAGGCUUGAGCUUCAUGAUAUGA